GGCGGGGUCACGUGCCCACUGCCUUCGGGCUAGGGCGCAGGUUAUCAGUGGCGCCGGAGGAGGGUGGGCUCUGUAGCUGGCCGAGGCCACCCGCGAGCGGUCCGGGCUGCCAGAGUCCUUGCGCCGGCAGGAUGUCCCUUGCUGCCUACUGUGUCAUCUGCUGCAGAAGGAUAGGAACCUUUGCUUCCCGAUCAAAAAGCCACACGCCCUGGAGAAAUAUCCGAAAUAUAAUAAGAUUUACUGGAUCUCUCAUUGUUGGGGGUUCUUUAUUUAUUACAUACGAAGUGCUAGCCCUGAGAAGAUCUUUAACGUUGGACACUCAGGUGGUGGAAAGAGAAAAAAUGAAGUCUUACAUCUAUGUGCACAAGGCUCCUGUAGAUGGAUUAGACAGCCGUGGGAUUGUCUGGCAGGCAAGAAAAGAACUUCACAGAGCAGUAAGAAAGGCGUUGGCGGCGGCAGCCCAGGUACUGCGGAGCCCAUUUGCUGACUCCUUCAGCACAGUUGACAUAGAAGAUCAUGACUGUGCAGUGUGGCUGCUCCUGAGGAAGAGCCGGGAGGACGAUCGAGCUACCCGGCUAGAGGCCGUGCGGGAACUGUCAGGAGCUCACCACUGGCAUGACUACCAGUACAGGAUAAUUGCUCAGGCCUGUGACCCGAGGACACUUAUUGGUUUGGCACGAAGCAAAGAAAGUGAUCUUCGCUUUUUUCUCCCGCCCCCUCCUUUGCCGUCUUUAAAAGAAGACUCCUCCACCGAAGAGGAACUCAGGCAUUUGCUGGCUUCUUUACCUCAGACAGAACUUGAUGAGUGUCUUCAGUAUUUUACAUCCUUGGCUCUUAGUGAAAGCAGCCAGAGCCUGGCCGCACAGAAGGGAGGACUGUGGUGUUUUGGAGGAAACGGACUUCCUUACGCGGAAAGCUUUGGGAAAGUUCCCUCAGCCACGGUGGAAAUGUUCUGCUUAGAAGCCAUAGUAAAGCAUUCAGAGAUACCCUCACACUGUGACCACAUUGAAGCAGGCGGUGGCUUGCAGCUCUUGCAGAGGCUCUACCAGCUUCACAAGGACUGCCCCAAAAUACAGAGAAACGUCAUGAGGAUCAUUGGAAACAUGGCUUUGAAUGAGCAUCUUCACCCUGCCAUAGUCCACUCAGGAUGGGUCUCUCUCAUGGCAGAAGCCUUGAAAUCCUGCCACAUUAUGGAGGCUUCCCACGCUGCCAGAACCCUGGCUAACCUGGACCGAGAAACUGUGGGUGAGAAAUACCAGGAUGGAGUGUAUGUGCUCCAUCCCCAGUGUCGGACAAGUCAGCCCAUUAAAGCCGAUGUCCUUUUUAUUCAUGGCCUUAUGGGAGCAGCAUUUAAAACCUGGCGCCAGCAUGACAGCCAGCGGGCUCUGAAUGAAAAUGCUGUGGUGGAUGAAGAUAGGUACACGACAUGCUGGCCCAAGACAUGGCUAGCAAAGGACUGUCCUGCACUUCGCAUCAUAUCUGUGGAGUAUGACACGAGCCUCAGCGACUGGAGGGCGACGUGCCCUAUGGAGAGAAAGUCCAUUGCAUUCAGAAGCAACGAACUUCUCAACAAGCUUAGAGCUGCUGGUGUUGGGGAUAGGCCAAUGAUUUGGAUCUCACACAGCAUGGGAGGUCUUCUUGUCAAGAAGAUGCUGUUGGAAGCCUCAAAGAAGCCAGAACUGAGCGCUAUUAUAAACAAUACCAGAGGAAUAAUUUUUUACAGUGUCCCUCACCAUGGAUCACGUUUGGCUGAAUACUCCGUUAAUAUUCGAUAUCUUCUCUUUCCCUCUCUGGAAGUCAAAGAACUCAGCAAGGACUCUCCUGCACUGAAGAUGCUACAGGAUGACUUUCUGGAGUUCGCGAAAGACAAAAACUUCCAGGUGCUGAACUUUGUAGAAACACAGCCGACAUUCAUCGGCAGCAUGAUUAAACUGCAUAUAGUGCCCGAGGAGUCAGCAGAUUUAGGCAUUGGGGAUCUAAUUCCUGUGGACGUCAACCACUUGAACAUUUGCAAGCCGAAGACAAAGGAUGCAUUUUUGUACCAACGUACUCUACAGUUCAUCUGCGAAACUUUAGCCAGAGACCUUGAAAACUGACAGCUACGUUCUUCCAUUUUUUUGUAUGAAUACAGUGUAAGAAACGUGUCAUUCUCCAUCUCUUGUUAAGCUCGAUGCAGUCCUGUGCAUUCACUGCACACGUGCUGCAGACAGCAGAGCUCAGCUCUUCACGCAGGCACUGGGAGAUGCCCGAGUAGACCUGGAGGUCACAGAGGAAGGGUUAAAUUGAGACUCCUUUGUGCUGGGCCUUGGGGUAGAGCAGAGCUGCUGUAGCCAGAGGUUUGCCCACCUGAGACUGCCCCUGCUCACCCAAGAGUCCUGACCAGGCAACUUAGCGAACCAUGAGAAUGAAAUUCGGGGAGAACAAGCUAGAACUUAGAGGCUGUGUUUGACCUGGGUACCACGUACUAUGAUGUUUUACUGCCAGUUUUUAACUGUCACUAUGUCAGUUACACAUUUGACACGUUUUCAGUGGUCCCCACACGCCUGCUUGUAUGCACAGACCAGCCUUGUAUGCUUCUGGUUUUUUUCAUAUUACUGAGAACAUUUGUUUUAAAGUAUUCUUUCUAGGAUAUUUUAAUUAGUUAUUCAGUAAUAUGCUCCAGAUAAGGUAAGGAUCAGGUUAUGAACAAACCUGUUUGAAGCAAUCAGGUACACUAACCUAGUAUAUAUAACUUAGUAUCAAGACUCUCAGAUCUCCGGCUACAUAAAGUACAGCUUUCCUUCAUGCUCCUUUUAGAGGGACUUCCAGCAUGGGAGGAUAGGAACUCAGGAUGAUGACCUUUUUUUGUGUUUGAGUAAUAGCAUUAUUAACAUGAAAUUCAUUGUGUGUGUGUGUGUGUGUGUGUGUGUUGUGCGCGCAUGUAUGUAUGCACAUGUGUGUGGUACUAGGGAUCAAACCCGAAACCUUGUGCAUGCUAACUAAGUACUCUGCCAAGUACGCUAUGUCAUCAGCUCCACAUUUAUACCUUGGAAGAAUGCAACUUAUUGAUUUUUGGUAUAUUCAACAUUACCAGCUAUUACCAGUGUCCAAUUGCAGACUAUUGUAUUAUCCCCAAAGAAGCUCUCUCAGCAGCAGGCAGUUCCUCCUCCUCCAACUCAGACCCCAGUAAACACUAACACUUUCCACCUCUGUGCAUCUGCCAAAUGAACAUUGAUAAAGUUGGUAGCUUCACCGUGUUGCUCUUAGCAUAAUGGUUCUUUCUUGCAUCAGUCUUUCCUGCCUCUCUCUGCUCCCUCCCUGCCACGCAGUGAGCAGUUUUGCCCAUCUUCCCAUUUUCCCAUGAUGCCCUAUCUUACACCAUGGGACCAGUGACCACUGACUGAAACCAUGAGCAGCAGACAUUUUUUCUCCUUUAACUCUGCUGCCCAGGUAUCUGUCAUUGAGGUGAACGGUUCUGCUUUAAAGCUGCGAUCUGAAAAGAGCUGUGGAGUGUAUUACUAAAUCAGUGUUGCUGUUUUUCUGACAAGACAGCCGGCAACUCAGCUCUGUUAAUAUGAUGGAAAGGCUGCUCUCCACUUAUCACAAAGGCAUAGAUGAGGCUUACCAUACAGAAGACCAAGGUGGAUAGAUAGGGCAAGACAGAACCAAUACAGCACUGGCCAGAGAGGUAUGUGUAAAGGAGGUGACAUCCUGAACAAAGUCGUGAUUGAAAACAAAUGAGCACAACAAGGUAACCACAGAACAGCAGUGCAUUAAAGACUGCGCACCGACGCACAUCCCUCCGGCCCAGACACACAGUAGCUGCAGAAGGAAAAUAAAAAGAUACCAACUGGAAGCAAGCUCUUCACUGCAAGGCCAGUGGGCAGGCACUGGCAACAUGAGCGGGCCCGUGUCUUUAGUGACAGGCCUGCCUGUUGGACUAAAUGAAGGCGAAGAAUGGAAGUGCCUGCUUUACAAUGCAAGCAGACCCCUCACAGGCAAGUGACCCUCCUCCUCACCUUAGACACAGUAACGAGGAAGGAGGAAACUGCACUCUCAGCUAAGCUGCCCUUAGAUGACAAGUGUCAUCGUAAUGGUCAGGCUGCAGGAACGCAGUGUUGGCGAAGUCUAACAGGCUCAGCCCGAGUUCAUGUAAAUUAGUAUGUAAUAUAAUGGCACAGAACAUAAUCUGGUAUUUUAUCAUAAAUGCACAUAGAUCCCUAGAAUAAUGUUAGUGAUAAUUUAUGGACACAUUUGGAGUAAAACAGUCCACAACUAAAAAUAUUUUGGUGAAGAGAGGGCCCUUACAUUCCUGCCACAGGGUUAAAGAAAAGCCAAUAUGGCUGCAACUCUGACAUUUGACAAGGGGGCAAAACCAGAGACAGCAAGGGCAGAGUUGCUAGGAAUUUGAGUUGGGAAAUGCACAGGAGCAAGGUUCAAGGUCUUUUUAAGGCAGAGAGACAGUCCUGAUACUGCAACAUAGAUGUGUCAUACCUUAGAAUGUACAGCACACGGAACGAAGCUGGAUGUGAAGCCAGGGCCAGCAGAGGUGAUGGUGUGUCAGCAUGUGGUCAUCAGUUGUAGCCAUCCUAGGGUAGGACAUCUGGGGGAGCUCCCUGGGGAGCAGGUAGUAAGUGUAUGGAAACCUGUUUUUGGUUUUAGGGUUUCUCUGUAUAGCCUUGGCUGUCCUGGAACUCACUUUGAAGACCAAGCUGGCCUCAAACUCAGAAAUCCGCCUGCCUCUGCCUCCCGGGAACCUGUAUUUCUUUAACUUUGAUUUCCCCUAUAGACACUACUCUCACUCAGCAUGCCAGAGGCCAGUCCAGUCAAGCACAGUUUGCAUUGUACAGAGUGUGAGUCCAUCACCUACAACCUUGGAACAAAGAUCCUGCAGUCUGAUUCCUUUCUUGGCCAGGUCCAAGUCACACAAAGAGAAAUUUUACUGUUUACCAUUUUGAGAUCAACAGUAUAUUCUUACUCCUGAAAAACACAUUAUUAGUAACUAUAUUCUGCGAAAUAAUUAGCUUAGAAUAUGAGCAGAAUUUGAAGAGUGCAUAGUCCCAUCUGUUUCCAUAAAGAAAUGUAUAUAAAGCACCCUCAGAGGUCAUCCGUUCCCCAGUCUGCUGUAAGGUUCUGGAAGAGACUAGCCUCACCCAAGUCUCGCACAUAGCCAGGCAUGAUUCCUGUGUGUGUUAUGUCAGUGGCCCAUGACAGUAGCUCUCACAUGAUAAAUUCUUUUUUUUUUUUUUAAGUACUUUAUUUAUUUUAUAUAUAUGAUGAGUACACUGUAGCUGUCUUCAGACACACCAGAAGAGGGCACCAGAUCUCAUUACAGAUGGUUGUGAGCCACCAUGUGGUUGCUGGGAAUUGAACUCAGGACCUCUGGAAGAACAAGCAGUGCUCUUAGCCACUGAGCCAUCUCUCCAGCCCCCUCACAUGAUAAAUUCUAAGGUUUUUUCUUCUCUACUUACAUCUGGUUGCUCUGUGUGUGCGUGCACAGGUGAGAGGACAACAUUCGGGAGUUAGUUCUUCCUCCCACCAUGUGAGUCGUGGGGAUCAAACUCAGGUCUUCAGGCUUGACAGCAAGCACCUCCAGCUGCUCUGUCUGGGCCCGCAAGCCAUACAUUCUGAACUUUAUUCUCUUGCUUUUCAACCGAGUCCCAGUUGUUGAGAGAGAAAGAGAACCAAAAGAUGACACAGUAGAACUAGCUGUUGCAUUUUAUGUAGAGGAAGGCUGGCCAAAGAAAACGAGCCCAAAGCCUCUCUUCAGAUCUGAAAAGAAGCUCAAUUUUAAAAAGAUGAAAACAUCUAAUAAUGCAUCCAACAUCGGAACAAAUUACAGUCGAGAUACACUACAGGCUUUGUUGGUCACUAGUCUCUGGGUAUAAUUUUCAGUUUUCCUUUCCAGUGAUGUGAGCAUUCGAAAGCCAGUGCUUUAACACAUGACUUCCGGUACACAAAUCGGGGAGACUUUUUAAGUAUCUCAAACUUUAGCAACUUUAAACCUUUGCAGAAACUUCUCGGCAGUUCCUAACUUCAGUUACCUUUAUAGUUUUUUGGUUUUUUUGUUUUGUUUUGUUUUGUUUUUACCUUCUAAGAAAUCAGAGAGUCUGUACUAGGGUCAGUGAGACUGAACUUGUCAAGCAUUACCCCUGAAAUACUGUGUUUAACUGGACCAUGUUUCAAAGCAAUGGCAACGUGCAGUCACAGUAACUAAGGCAGACCAAAAGCCAAAACAGACUCAAUGCAAAAUGGAGUCUUUUGGGUGUUGGUUGCUAACUGCUGAAGUCAUUCAACCAACUGCUACUGGCUUAAAACACCCUCCAGUUAAAAACUAGUUUAAAAAUAAGGCUAUUUAUUCCAACUGUUGUCCUGUUCCCCACCCCCACUCAGCACCCCCACAGUAUCUUGAGACUGGGUCUCACUAUGUAGCUCUGGCUGUCCUAGAACAAUGUAAGCCAGGCUGGUCUUGAACUCAACAGAGAACCCCCUCCGUUUGACUCCCGAGUACUAGAUUAAAGGUAUCUGCUACCA